AUGGCUGAAACUAUCUAUGCUUGGCACUUACAGAAGCAGAAGAGCCUUGAGGACGUUAAACGAGCCGCUACUAAAUCUAUCUAUAUGGUCCCUCAGGUAAGCGAAGCGACACUACAUCAAACGAGACAGAACUGCAAUCUAGAUGUUUCGCGAACCCAUUGUCCAUAUCAAGGCCUCAAGGGGCGUCAGUCAGUCUUAAACAGAAAAUCAAGUCGAUGAGCAUGAAAUCUAGUUCCUGCAGUACACUCGGAUUUUACUGUCUAUUGUCCAGGAAGCAACGAACGAAGGCACUAGUUAAAUUUCCGUCAGUAGUUUCUAGUUUUGUAUGACGCAGUGAAGGCACGGAAACAUGCCAAAAUUUUGCCGUCCGCUUAAUUUUCUUCAUCUGGUGCUGGAGACGUGCUGCAAAUCAUCAAGGAAUCGAGGUUGACAGAGUAACUCGAUUUGAGUAAAAUGAGUUCCUCAAUCUGUCAUUAAACGAAUGUUUUCUCUGCGUUGAUGUGUGCAGGGUGGACAUCGAAACGGUGUAGUGCUAAUCGUCUGCAGUGCUAAGGGCUACUAUUAUUAUGAAACGGCAAUUAAAAUGCCCAGCAGAAAUCACAAUUGGUUAAUCAAUGGGAGUGCUCUGCAGCAAUGAGUGAAACCGCAAUUGGAAACACAAAAAGUGCUGUAACCACUCUGCACAUCUCAAAUGUCUGCCAAUAAAAACUCGGUACGGAGGCCGCUUGAAGACGCUCGAAUAGUGAUGCAGGAGCAAAGUUGUUAAUUUGCCUACUUCUUCUACUGAUGAGGGGCGCCAAACGGCAACAUCACCAUGUGCAGUCCGCUGUUCCCAGGGCCUAGCUUAAAUUACUUAAUUCAGUGUUAACGUCGGUCUCUACUUCCGUCGCGUGCGUGUUUCCUAAUAGAAUCGAGACAGGAGCUAAAUAUCUAUCAUUAGGGGGGUUGUGACCGCAUGUCUAGGUCGAAAUUGGAGACCGAUUCGUGAGUGCCGUCCAGGUGGCGCGUGAGGGCCCAUAGGGUUCACAAUGCUUGCAAGUACGAGCACAUGGUUUAUGCGUGAUACCCCGGACGACGAUGUUCGAAUCCGUAACGUUUAUUCCGAAUCUACUUAUGUCUUCUGCCCGUCAACAGACACUAAGAUUUAGAAAAAUAGGAAUCAUAGUUAGGUGCCAAGGCUUGUGUUGGAUGUUUUACGUCUACAAUUGACCUUCACCCGAACUUAAAAUAAACAUGGUCUAUAUAGGGCAUGUAACCUGAAAAUUCGGACACCCGACCGUUAAACCAAUAAGCAAUCAGCAUAAUAUUAGUAAUAAAAAGCAACACAUAAGCUAGGACAGUGCUAAGGCGUUGCCGUCGCGGUGCAUGCAGACGAAGGAACACUGAACAAAACGCAAACCAACACGACACAAGGAAAAUGCUUCUAAAGGAUGUUUUGCAGUUGAAGUGUGCAUGGGUGAUGAAUUAAAUAAGGACAAGCGAGUCAUCUGCGCUGUCUGAAUCGAUAUACACAAACAAACAUACUUGGAAAAACAAAAACGCGCAAGACGGAACGGCUCUUAAGGCUAUAUGGGCUAAGCCAAAAUUGAGCAGUUCAAAAUUGUCCAGAUUCUCAAUUACGCGAAGGAAAAUGAAUGUUGAAGUACACAAUUUCAUCUAUAGUCUAAUAAUCCCGCACAUCUUGUUCCUAUACUGCGAAGGGCGGUGUCAGCAAAUGCCUGAGUUUUCGGUAAAUUUUUAAAAGGGGGAUUGUUUCGGCAGAAUAGUCUGCAAAUAAGCAAAUUUCGACUGCUAAUAAUAUAGAAAGAGAGAUACUGACGCAAUAAAUGCGUAAUCCCACCAAAAUUUCAAAUGAAAUUUUCUAACGAAACGUCUAAAUGGCGGUUAAAUCUAGCUGACAUCUGUGAAAAAACGUAAAAAAAUCGUCCAUUUGCGCUCAUUCGACAAUCCAUGUGAAAAUCCCAUAUAAUAAUAAGCACAACACUGAGCACUUAUUUACAGGCAUAACCAGCACAUAUAUAUGUAGAACAGAGGUGGUAUGCAUCCCGAAACGAUAUAAUGAAAAAGGAAGAGGUUCUUCGGAAAAAUUGGGCUGUACUCGUGAAUUUUCGAGCUGGUGACACCAACCUGUCGCACACGAAAUGAAAACAAGUUAAAAAGUAUUUGUCACACAAGACUGGUUAGCUCUACAGGACAGACAGACAACUGUCCUAUGAAAGGGCUGGUCACAGAGUCAUGGUAGGUCACUGAACGAGGGGAAGGGGAGGCGGAACAAUUACGCAUCCUUGUGCUGGAGGAGGAGGAGGAGGAGGAGGAGGAGGAGGAGAAGGAGGAGGAAGAAGAAGAAGAAGAAGAAGAAGAAGAAGAAGAUGAUGAUGAUGAUGAUGUUGAUGGUGAUGGUGAUGAUGAUGAUGAUGAUGAUGAUGAUGAUGAUGAUGAUGAUGAUGAUGAUGAUGAUGAUGAUGAUGAUGAUGAUGAUGAUGAUGAUGAUGAUGAUGGAUGGAUAGUAGAUCAAUUGCACCCCGGGUGA